GAUGGUGACUACGUUAUGGUGGUGUGUUUCCUCCAUACACCAUACUACACAGUGAAGGAUAACUACACCACCAUGCCUGAGCCACUAAGCUGCACAGGAAGCAUUAACACCCGUGAAUUGCGCUUCUCACGUGCAAUGAUCUUUGCCAUCGAGGAGAUAAACAACAGCACGGAGCUGCUGCCAGGAAUCAAACUCGGUUAUCACAUCUACGACUCGUGCGCCUCGGUGCCCGUGACGGUGCAUGUGGCAUUCCAGCUUUCAAAUGGCCUGGACCCGGUGUUUUACACUGGUGACAGUUGCUCACAAUCUGGUAUGGUGAUGGCAGUUGUUGGUGAGUCUGGGUCCACGCCAUCCAUCAGCAUGUCGCGCAUUAUCGGGUCAUUUAACAUCCCUCAAGUGAGCCAUUUCGCCACUUGUGCAUGUCUGUCCAAUAAGCAGCAGUACCCAAAUUUCUUCAGAACCGUCCCUAGUGAUCAGUUCCAGGCUGAAGCGCUGGCCAAGCUGGUAAAACACUUUGGCUGGACUUGGAUAGGUGCUGUCCGGUCAGAUUCAGACUAUGGCAAUAAUGGUAUGGCGUCUUUUUUGGCCGCUGCACACAGAGAGGGGAUAUGUGUGGAAUACUCUGAAUCUUUCUAUCGGACCCACCCACGUAGCAGGUUCCAGAGAGUAGCUGAUGUAAUCCGCAGGUCGACAGCUACGGUUGUUGUCACAUUUGCAUCAUCUGGAGACCUGAGACUUCUGCUGGAGGAGCUGUCGCUUGAGCCUUCUCCACCUCGCCAGUGGAUAGGCAGUGAAUCCUGGGUAACAACCACAGACAUGCUGAGGUUCAGCUUCUGUUCUGGAGCCAUCGGUUUUGGAAUUGAGCGAUCCGUCAUCCCAGGUCUGAGAGACUUCUUGCUGGAUCUCUCUCCCUCUAAAGUGGCUGCCUCUCCAGUGCUUACUGAGUUCUGGGAGGAUGCAUUCAACUGCAGGCUAUGGAAAAAUAAGAGUGUGUGUGACGGAACUGAAAACAUAAAGACGCUCCAGAGCCCGUACACUGACACAUCUCAGCUCCGGAUCACUAACAUGGUAUACAAGGCUGUUUAUGCAAUAGCUCAUGCCAUUCAUAAAGCAGUGUGUCAGGAAACAAAUUCUACAACUCAGUGUGACAAAUUCACCAGGAUAGAAUCCAAAGAGGUUCUUACUCAGCUGAAGAAAGUAUAUUUUUCCCAAAAUGGUUAUGAUGUGUCAUUUGAUGCCAACGGGGAUCCUGUGGCCAGAUACGAGCUGGUUAACUGGCAAAAAAGUGAAAGUGGCAGUAUUGAGAUUGUGACAGUAGGGCACUACGAUGCAUCACUGCCGGUGGGCCAGAAGUUCCGUAUCAACAGGAACCUCACCUGGGUGGAUGGUGGAACACGAGUUCCUGUGUCAGUGUGCUCUGACAGCUGUCCUCCAGGAAGUCGUAAACUGCUGCAGAAAGGAAAACCCAUCUGUUGUUAUGACUGUAUACCGUGUCCCGAGGGAGAGAUUAGCAAUGCUACAGAUUCCCCCGAUUGUUUCCCUUGCCCCAAACUGUGGCUGUGGAGAUAUUUGCCAUUCGGCCUCCAGUGUUUGGACUAA